AUGGCUCCCUUCGGCAAGAUCUACAGCUACCCCAACAACCCCCGGGUUGCCAAGGCCCAAGCCGCCGCCAACAUCAACGGCCUGGAGCUCGACAUCCCCGAGUUCAAGAUCGGCGAGACGAACCGCACGCCGGAGUUCCUGGCCAAGUUCCCGUUCGGCAAGGUGCCGGCCUUUGAGGGCGCCGACGGCACGACCCUCGUCGAGUCCGACGCCAUCGCGCAGUACAUCGCCGAGAGCGGGCCGGCCGCCGACCAGCUGGUGGGCGCGACGCCCGUGCAGCGCGCCCUGAUCCGCCAGUGGAUUUCUUUCGCGGACGGCGAGGCCAUCGCGCCGGUCAUCGAGCUGGUCAUCCCCCGGCUAGGGUUCCGGCCGUUCAACGCGGCGACGGAGACGGCCGCCCUCCAGAAGUUGGAGCGCUCGCUGGGGUAUCUGGAGAAGCAUCUGGCGGGACGGACUUGGUUGGCUACGGCUGAGAAGCUUAGUCUGGCGGAUAUCACGGUCGCGUCGGCGCUGCAGUGGGGAUUUGUCUAUGCCAUUGAUGCGGAGAUGCGCGCCAAGUAUCCCAGUGUCAUGGCCUGGUACCAGCGCACCAUUGAGUCCGAGGGCGUCAAGCAGGCCUUUGGCGAGCAAAAGUAUGUCGAAAAGCGCGAGAUCCCCAAGGCUUAG